UGCUCAGUCCGGGAUUGGCCCUGUGUUUUUUCGUCCUUUGUGGAAGCGGACGGCGGAGGGAUCGGGAUAGGGAGGGGUCCUCCCUCUUGGGGCGGGGAGCCGGGACGGAUUAUUCUCUGCGGGGCAACACCAGCAAUUUCCCUUCGUUGGACCUGCGGUGAGAGAUUUAUUGGAAGAAAAGCCCCAACCGGAAGCAAACCACAACUGAAGACGAGGGAACAGCAACAAGUGAACCAGCCCGAGGACUGAGAGCAUCAACUAGAGAGAACCCCUUUGACUCGGAGAUUCCAGUGAUUCAGUCAGGAGAAAGUUUGCCUCUUCAGGAUUUGACGGAGCAGGCGCAUGUGUUGCUGGGGCCUGCUGGAAAAGAUCAGGAUGUCUUCCAGGUUAAAAUGACAAGGGAGUUGUCUGCGGGAAUCUCGAAGACAACACGCCAGUUUUGCUGUCUCUAUCCAGAUAUUUAAAAAGUGGAACAAGGGAUACACUCGAUCAUCCUUCGUGCUCAGACUGUGAGGAGGGAUUCACUCAUUCACCUGACUGACUGGCGUGCCCGUCAUUUUAUGGAGGGGAAGGGCUAUUCACCUACUCAGACAGUGGGAAUGGAUUCACUUGGUCAUCUCAACUGAAAGUACAUCAGCACGUUCACACUGGGCAAGGUCAUUGACCUAUUCUGUGUGUGAGAAGGGAUUCAGCCGGUCUUCCUACCUGUAGACACACCAGUCAGUUCACACUGGGCAGAGGCUGGUCAGCUGCUGAAUUUGUGGGGAAGGAUUCACUCAGUCAUCUGACUUAAUGGCUCACCAGCGAGUUCACACUAAGGAAAGGCCAUUCACCUGCUCAGACUGUGGGAAGGGAUUCACUCAGUCAUCCCAAUUGAAGAUACAUCUGCGAGUUCACACUGGGGAGAGGCCAUUCCCCUGCUCGGACUGUGGGAAGCGAUUCUCUUGCUCAUCCCAACUGAAGGUACAUCAGCGAGUUCACACUGGGGAGAGGCCAUUCACUUGCUCAGUCUGUGGGAAGGGAUUCACUCAGUCACCCCAACUGAAGAUACAUCUGCAAGUUCACACUGGAGAGAGGCCUUUCACCUGUUCAGACUGUGGGAAGGGAUUCACUCGAUCAUCUAACCUGAAGGUACAUCAGCGAGUUCACACUGGGGAGAGGCCGUUCACCUGCUCAGACUGCGGGAAGGGAUUCACACAGUCAUCCCAUCUAUUAGCACACCAGUCAGUUCACAGUGGUGAAUGGCUGUUCACCUGCUCAGACUGUGGGAAGGGAUUCACUUUCUCAUCUCACCUGAAGAUACAUCAGCGAGUUCACACUGGUGAGAGGCCAUUCACCUGCUCAGACUGUGGGAAAGGAUUCACUUUGUCAAUUCAGUUAUUGAGACACCAGUCCGUUCACACUGGAGAGAGGGCAUUCACCUGCUCAGACUGUGGGAAGGAAUUCACUCAAUCAUCUGAUCUACAGAUACACCAGCGAGUUCACACUGGGAAGAGGCCAUUCACCUGCUCAGUCUGUGGGAAGGGAUUCACUCAGUCAUCUCAUCUGAGGGUACAUCAGCGAGUUCACACUGGAGAGAGGCCAUUCACCUGCUCAGACUGUGGGAAGGGAUUCACUCAGUCAUGCCACCUAAUGUCUCACCAGCGAGUUCACACUGGGGUGAGGCCAGUCACUUGCUCAGACUGUGGGAAGGGAUUCACUUGCUCAUCUGAACUGAAGGUACAUCAGAGAGUUCACACUGGGGAGAGGCCGUACAGCUGCUCAGACUGUGGGAAGGGAUUCACUCAGUCAUCCCAACUAAAGGUACAUCAGCGAGUUCACACUAGGGGGAGGCCAUUCACCUGCUCAGACUGUGGGAAGGGAUUCACUUGCUCAUACACCCUACUGAGACACCAGUCAGUUCACACUGGGGAGAGGCAGUUCACCUGCUCAGACUGUGGGAAGGGAUUCACUCAGUCAUCUGACCUAAUGUUUCACCAGCGAGUUCACACCGAGGAGCGGCCAUUCACCUGCUCAGAAUGCGGGAAGGGAUACACUCGCUCAUCUGAACUGAAGGUACAUCAGCGAGUUCACACUGGGGAGAGGCCGUUCACCUGCUCAGACUGUGGGAAGGGAUUCACUCAGUCAUCCCAACUGAAGGUACAUUUGCGAGUUCACACUCGGGAGAAGCCGUUUACCUGCUCAGUCUGUGGGAAGAGAUUCACUUAUUCAUCCACCCUACUGAGACACCAGUCAGUUCACACUGGGUAGAGGCUAUUCACCUGCUCAGUUUGUGGGAAGGGAUAUACUCAGUCAUCUAAACUAAAGGUACAUCAGCGAGGUCACAUUGGCGAGGGGUCGUUCACCUGCUCAGACUGUUAUGUAACUCUCGCUUCAGCUUUCAGCUUAAUAAUGGGGGGGGUGAUUGCCCCCACCCACUCCGAGCCUGGCCAAACUUAAGAAAUCUCAUUUGGGUGCAUUCUGCGUGAUGUGUCCCCUGCUACAAAUCAGUACCCCAAAGCAACAAACAGUACACAAUAUGUGAUUAAAUGGUUGGGCUUUUAAAUCUUACUUUGACUAUAGGGUUAGUAAAGAAAAUGAAAAUAAAAGAAAAAGGGCCCACUCUCUCCAUUCACAUCUUCUUAUCUCUCCCUGGCAAAACACCACGAAAAUGACUCACAAGAAAGAACAACAUUUUUGUCAUUGGGUAGCCCCACACUCCAAACCCUGUUUUCUCCAGUCAUAACCUAAACAUUGCUGCUACAGAGAAGUCAUUACAUCAGCAGUGAAACAUUACCGAGUGCCCAUUACAUUAGCAGUGAAACCUUACAGCAUGUUACACUUGUGACACACUACCAUGUUCAUACUGGGAACAUGCUGGAUAUUUGUCCAUCACUGUUGCUGAAUGCGAUUUUGAGAGUGACUGUCAGUGCUGAACUCUGCAAUUAUUGCCGUUGCUCACCACACCCAGUUCUGCACCCUGGUCACUGGGCAUGGGUGGAGUUUCUUCUGCUGUAUAUUCCAGUUAAAUGUGACUGGAGUUUAAUAUUCUGGAUCUGAAAAAAAAUAAAUGUUCAUUUUAAACUCUG